UUCAGAUAAAUCAAAAUGAAAUACUUCAUCGCCAUCGCCCUGCUCGCCGCCGUGGCUUCGGCCGGUAUGAUCAAGCCCACCCCAGUGGGUGCUGAGCUCGCCGAGCUCCAGGAGAUCAUCGCCGCCAUCAACAGCCCCAGCACCGACCCCGCCACCGCUGCCGCCCUCGAAGAGAUGCUCCUCGAUGUUCUAGGCAUCAAGCCCCAGCCUGUGGACAUUGGACCCGCAAUCGUUGACGCUGACCUCCACCCCAUCUCUAUCGGACCUGCCAUCAUUGAAUCCAACCCCAUCUCUGUUGGACCCGCCCUCAUUGACUUCCCUCUUCCCGACGGUGGUGCUGUCGCCGAGGAGCCCGUUGUCCCUAGCCCCGUUAUUGUCGCUCCCGCUCCCGUCGCUGAGGUCGCCCCCGUUGCUGCUGCCAGCACUCCCCUGGUUCAGAUCAUCCUGAACAUCAACCAGGCCUCCGCUGAGGCUAGCCCCAUCGCCGUUGGCCCUGCUGUCGCCCCCGAAGCCAUCGUGCCUGAGCCCGUCCACGUUGUGGAUGUCGCCCCUGAACCCGUCCACGUUGUGGAAGUCGCCCCUGAACCAGUCCAGGUUGUCGAGGCCGCCCCCGAGCCAGUCCAGGUCGUUGAAGCCGCCCCUGCACCCGUUGAGCCCGUCGUCAUCGGAGUCCCCAUCCUCCCUGAAGCCGUCGUCGCCCUCCCCGAAGCUCUCAUAAAACAGAAUAUAAAUAGUUACAGAAACCAGAAAACGCCAGUGUUUUUCACGCUUUUCACUCAUUCCAUCAAGAUGAAAUACUUCCUAGUCAUUGCCCUUUUGGUCUCCGUGGCUUCAGCCGGCAUUGUGAAGCCCACUCCCGCCGGCAACGAGGUGGCUCAGAUCCAGGAGAUCAUCGCCGCUAUCUUGAACCCCAGCACUGACCCUGCCACCGCUGUCGCUCUCGAAGAGAUGCUCCUCGAUGUCCUUGGUGUGAAACCGGAGCCUGUUGCAAUUGGACCCGCCAUCAUUGACUACCCCUUACCUGAGGAGGCACCUGUUGUACCUCCCAGCCCCGCUGCUGAGGUGGCUGCACCUGUAAAUAAAUCUCCUUUAGUCCAGAUCAUCGUGAACAUCAACCACGCCUCUGCUGACAUCAGCCCCGUCGAUAUUGGUCCUGCUAUCAUCCCAAGGCCGGUCCCUGAGCCUGGCCAUAUCGAGGAUAUUGUCCCUGAACCCGUCCACGUUGUAGACGCUGCUCCUGAACCUGUGGAGCCGGUCAUCAUCGGCGAACCGAUCCUCCCUUCACCAGCCGUUGUCCUCCCCGAUAUACUGAACUAAGAAAUAAAGGCUAUUUAUAAACUGA